UUUUCUCUACCACUAGGCACUAGCUAACUCUCUGUUUUUUGUUGCUGCUUCUUCUCCUGAUUGUGUCAUUUUGUCUUUCCUGAAAAUAGGCCUUAGUUUGUCCUUUGGUUUCAGAUAAAGUACCCUACAAAGAAACUCAAGGGUCCUUUUAACAGUUGAGUCUGUUGGGAUUUUUUUGAUAGCUAGGCCUAGAAAGGGGGAGGGGGAGGGGAAGUGGGAGUGGGAGUGGGAGUGGGAGUGGGGGGACACGUGACGGAAUGAAGGAGAGUGGCAGGAAACAAGGUGCUCCUUCACCGUGCGCGGCAUGCAAGCUUCUCAGGCGAAGGUGUGCAGAGGAUUGUGUGUUUGCCCCUUAUUUUCCAGCUGACGAACCUCAGAAGUUUGCUAACGUGCACAAGGUCUUUGGUGCCAGCAAUGUCAACAAAAUGUUACAGGAUUUGGAAGCGCACCAGCGAGGCGAUGCGGUGAGUAGCAUGGUUUAUGAAGCAAAUGCAAGGGUGCGUGACCCGGUGUAUGGGUGCGUUGGGGCCAUAUCGUGUCUACAGCAACAGAUUGAUGCCCUCCAGACCCAAUUGGCACUGGCUCAGGCUGAGGUGGUGCACCUGCGGGUGAGGCAGACCACACCAUUCCCCAACCAUUGGGUCCGCCAGGGCAGCCCCAGUAGCAGCGGCUCGCCCUCAUCCAGGGUCAUGGGCUCCCAGGCCAAGCCCAUUUUUGACAUGGAUAUGGUGGUGGACCAGCCCAGCUUGGGAGAGACAAUGUGGUCAUGCUAGUUGGUAGUUAUGUUUUAUAUAUUUUCACUCCAUAUCCUUACUAUACAAAUUUCUCAUGGCAAUGGCGAUGGCGGUGGCGGGGCGAAUAGCCGUUAUAAGAGCAGUGGCGGAGGCCAUUCGCCCGCUUCUACCAGUUUGAAUGGAUCUUUAUCAUUAAUUAACAUCUAUAUAUGUAUGAAUGUUGUAAAUACAAUUUAUAAAUAUAGUAGAUUGCGGGACUUGUGAUGAGAGUUUUGUAUUUCAA